UUCCUCAGUGUGAACAUGUACGGGGUGUUUGUGAGGGUCCUGGCCGAACGCUGCCAAAGGAAAGCCUUCCUGCAGGCCCGGAACUGCAUCGAAGACCGGCUGAGGCUGGAGGACGAGAACGAGAAGCAGGAGCGGCUGCUUAUGAGCCUUCUGCCCCGGAAUGUUGCCAUGGAGAUGAAGGAGGACUUCCUGAAGCCCCCCGAGAGGAUUUUCCACAAGAUUUACAUCCAGCGGCAUGACAAUGUGAGCAUCCUCUUUGCGGACAUCGUGGGCUUCACGGGCUUGGCGUCACAGUGCACCGCGCAGGAGCUGGUGAAGCUCCUCAACGAGCUCUUCGGCAAGUUUGAUGAACUGGCCACGGAGAAUCAUUGUCGCCGGAUCAAGAUCCUCGGGGACUGCUAUUACUGCGUGUCUGGCCUCACCCAGCCCAAGACUGACCACGCCCACUGCUGCGUGGAGAUGGGCCUGGACAUGAUUGACACCAUUACGUCAGUGGCGGAGGCCACAGAGGUGGAUCUGAACAUGCGUGUGGGGCUGCACACCGGCCGGGUCCUCUGUGGGGUCCUCGGCCUGCGCAAGUGGCAGUAUGACGUGUGGUCCAACGACGUGACCCUCGCCAACGUCAUGGAGGCCGCCGGCCUGCCCGGGAAGGUCCACAUCACGAAGACGACCCUGGCGUGCUUGAACGGUGACUACGAGGUGGAGCCGGGGCACGGGCACGAGAGGAACAGUUUUCUGAAAACUCACAACAUUGAGACCUUCUUCAUCGUGCCAUCACAUCGGCGCAAGAUAUUUCCAGGGCUGAUCCUCUCUGACAUAAAGCCUGCCAAGAGGAUGAAGUUCAAGACCGUGUGCUACCUGCUGGUGCAGCUCAUGCACUGUCGGAAGAUGUUCAAGGCGGAGAUCCCCUUCUCCAACGUCAUGACCUGUGAGGAUGAUGACAAGCGGAGGGCGUUGAGAACCGCGUCUGAAAAACUCAGAAACCGCUCGUCCUUCUCUGCGAAUGUCGUCUACACCACCCCAGGCACGCGCGUCAACAGGUACAUCAGCCGCCUCCUAGAAGCCCGCCAGAUGGAGCUGGAGAUGGCGGACCUGGACUUCUUCACCCUGAAGUACAAGCAGGCUGAGCGCGAGCGCAAGUACCACCAGCUGCAGGACGAGUAUUUCACCAGUGCCGUCGUGCUCGCGCUCGUCCUGGCUGCCUUGUUCGGCCUCGUCUACCUUCUCAUCAUCCCGCAGAACAUGGUCGUCCUCCUGCUGCUGGUGUUCUGCAUCUGCUUCCUGGUGGCCUGUGUCCUGUACCUGCACAUCACCCGGGUCCAGUGUUUUCCAGGAUGCCUGACGAUCCAGAUCCGCACCGUCUUGUGUAUUUUCAUAGUGGUCCUAAUCUACUCUGUGGCCCAAGGAUGUGUGGUGAGCUGCCUGCCCUGGGCCUGGAGCUCCAGCCCCAAUGGGUCCCUGGUGGUCCUGAGGCCUGGCGGCCCGAACGCAGUGCUGCCCACCGCCCCCUGCGAGUCGGCGCCCCAUGCCCUGCUCUGUGGCCUCGUGGGCACCCUCCCUCUGGCCGUCUUCCUGCGGGUGUCCUCCCUACCCAAAAUGAUUCUGCUCUUCGUGCUCACCGCGUCCUACAUCCUGGUCCUGGAGCUCAGCGGGUACACCAGGGCCUCGGGGGGCGGCGCGGUCUCCGGGCGCAGCUUCGAGCCGGUCGUGGCCAUCCUGCUAUUCUCGUGCACGCUGGCCCUGCACGCCCGGCAGGUGGACAUCAAGCUGCGGCUGGACUACCUCUGGGCGGCACAGGCAGAGGAGGAGAGAGACGACAUGGAGAGGGUGAAGCUGGACAACAAGAGGAUUCUCUUCAACCUCCUGCCGGCCCACGUUGCUCAGCACUUCCUCAUGUCCAACCCCCGGAACAUGGACCUGUACUACCAGUCCUACUCGCAGGUGGGUGUCAUGUUCGCCUCCAUCCCCAACUUUGACGACUUCUACAUCGAGCUGGAUGGCAACAACAUGGGGGUGGAGUGUUUGCGCCUCCUGAACGAGAUCAUCGCUGACUUUGACGAGCUCAUGGACAAAGACUUUUACAAGGACCUGGAGAAGAUCAAGACCAUCGGGAGCACCUACAUGGCUGCGGUGGGGCUAGCGCCCACAACCGGGACCAAGGCAAAGAAGUGCAUCUCCUCACACCUCAGCACGCUGGCGGACUUCGCCAUCGAGAUGUUCGACGUCUUGGAUGAAAUCAACUACCAGUCUUACAACGACUUUGUGCUCCGCGUCGGCAUCAAUGUUGGCCCCGUGGUGGCUGGGGUGAUCGGGGCUCGAAGGCCGCAGUACGACAUUUGGGGAAACACGGUCAAUGUGGCCAGUCGGAUGGACAGCACCGGCGUCCAGGGCAGAAUCCAGGUGACCGAGGAGGUUCACCGGCUGCUGCGAAGGGGCACCUACCGCUUUGUGUGCCGCGGGAAGGUCAGCGUCAAGGGCAAGGGCGAGAUGCUGACGUACUUCCUGGAAGGCCGGACCGAUGGAAAUGGCUCCCAGGCCAGGUCCCUGAAUGCAGAGCGGAAAAUGUGCGCUUACGGGCGAGCCGGCCUCCAGACCAGACUGGCCACAGGCCCGCCGCCCCCAGUGGCCCCCAUGGCCGGCCUCCCGGUCAGAGCCGGGCUGGGGGCUCUGCAGGGCUCGGGGCUCCCCCCGGGCCCCCCAGGCCAGCACCUGCGCCCCGGAGCAGCUGGGAAGGAGGCUUAG